AAAAUAUUAAAAAAAAAACUGAAAAUUAAAUAAUAGAGAGACAAAAAAGGAAAAAAUAAAAAACAAAUCUACUAGAAAAAGAGAGAGAGGGAGAGAGGGCGUGAAUUCCUGAGGGAGAGAUUCUUCGCCGGAGUAUUCUCGUGCGUGAUCUUCUUACGCCUCCUGCUUCUUCUCAAUUCGUCUCUUCUCUUCUCUUCUCUUCUCCUUGGAGUUUUGUUUGUUAAGGUCAAAGCGGAGAAGAUGGUGAACGCUAUGGUGGAGAGAGCGACGAGCGAGAUGCUGAUCGGGCCUGAUUGGGCCAUGAACCUCGAGAUCUGUGACAUGCUCAAUAGCGAUCCCGUGCAAGCAAAAGAUGUUGUGAAAGGCGUCAAGAAAAAGAUUGGUAGCAGGAAUCCAAAAACUCAGCUUCUUGCCUUAACUCUGCUUGAGACGAUAGUGAAGAACUGUGGCGACAUGGUUCAUAUGCAUGUGGCUGAGAAGGGUGUUAUUCAUGAGAUGGUCCGGAUAGCUAAGAAAAAGCCGGACUUCCAUGUCAAAGAGAAGAUCCUGGUUCUUAUCGAUACAUGGCAAGAGGCAUUUGGUGGACCUAGGGCGAGAUAUCCACAAUACUAUGCAGGAUACCAGGAGUUGUUGCGUGCUGGUGCUGUUUUCCCUCAGAGAUCGGAGAGAUCAGCACCUGUGUUCACACCUCCACAAACACAGCCUUUGUCGUCUUACCCUCCAAACCUUCGCAAUGCUGGUGGACCUAGUAACGAAGUGCCUGAUCCUUCGGCAGAGCCAGAUUUUCCGACGCUGAGUUUGUCGGAGAUUCAAAAUGCAAAAGGUAUCAUGGAUGUGCUUGCGGAAAUGCUAAGUGCAAUAGAGCCGGGAAACCGAGAGGACCUUAAACAGGAGGUGAUGGUCGAUCUGGUGGAGCAGUGUCGUACAUACAAACAAAGAGUGGUACAUCUAGUCAACUCAUCUGCGGACGAGUCUCUGUUAUGUCAAGGUCUGGCGUUGAAUGAUGAUCUGCAGCGGGUCUUAACCAGUUAUGAAGCAAUCGCUUCUGGAAACCCUGGUACUUCUGUUCAUACCGAGAAGCCCAAGUCUGAGGCAGAAAAGUCCCUUGUAGACGUUGAUGGUCCUCUUAUCGAUACUGGGGACGGCAGUAAUCAGGCGAACGGAGCUACAUCAAGCUCUGGUAACGGGGUUCUAAAUCAGUUGGCCCUCCCUGCACCGCCUGUAGCUAAUGGUUCAGCCCAUUCCAAAAUAGACCUCCUCAGUGGCGAUGAUCUUGCCCUUGUUCCUGUUGAACCUCAACCAUCAGCAAGUCCGGUCGCAUCGGAUCAAAAUGCACUUGCUCUUUUCGAUAUGUUCGGAGACAACACCAAUAGUCAAAGUCCUGCAACUGCACCAACUGGCAAUUCAGUUACCCAGAGUAGCCCUUUGAAUCCUCAAUUGCACCAGCUACCAACUAGUCAAGCUGGAGAAGCUGGAUUACAACACUCCAAUGGAUUUCCUCCUCAGGGUGGUUAUCCGCAGUUCGAGCAGCCAUCAUACGGGCAAGGGGCCUCUUCUCCGUGGAUUAGCCAGCCUGCACAGCAGUUGCAACAACCACAACAGCCAUCUUAUGAAGGUGCGCAAGACAGUACGGCAUUUCCACCUCCCCCAUGGGAAGCUCAGCAUCAAGACUUCAGUCCCACUGCAGAGUCAGGAAGUCCGUUUUCUCCUCAAAUGAAUCAGACACAAGUUGCCUACACACAUGCUCAACAAUAUCCUCAGAUGCCGCAAACCAGCCAACCGUUUAACAACAACAGUCCAUACCCUCAAAUGCCUAGCGGUAUGUACAUGCAACAGCCAAUGCCAAACCAAGCUCUAGGGCAAGGCUAUCCACCCCAACAGCAGCAGAUGAUGAUGGCUCAGUUCUAUGCCCAACAGCAACAACAGCAGCAACAGGCGUAUGGCAACCAGAUGGGAGGAUAUGGUUAUGGUUAUAAUCAACAGCAACAAGGAAGCAGCCCAUAUCUGGAGCAGCAAAUGCAUGGCAUGUCCAUCAGAGACCAGGCGUCGCAUCAGGCACCACCAUCAUCAUCGUCUUAUCUUCCUCCUAUGAAACCGAAGAAUAAACCAGAGGAUAAGCUAUUUGGGGAUCUCGUUGACAUCUCCAAAUUCAAGCCUAGUACAAAACCGACAUCCGGAAGAGCUGGUACCAUGUGAAAAAAAAAUCAUUCAUCGAUUCAUGAUUUAUGAGUAUUCAUCUCUCUGUUUUCUUUACUCAGCUAACUAUGUUUCUUUGCUUGUUUCUUAAGCUUUUGAUCAAAUUUGAUUUUACCCUCUGGGGAGAGACAUACAUAUUCAUAAAUCUAUAUGUUGUCUUCUUUCUUGCUUAUGAUUAUGACAGUUAAUGACAUUUGUAUAUUUCUUGUCGAGAAA